UAUACAUAUAUAUAUUAUCAGAUAUAGCUGCCUGUAUAGCUAUACACGCGCAUAUAUCUCAAUACAUCAAAGGCCAAAGGCAGGCAAGCCUUGUACUCUUGACCACUUCGACCCCACAUUUUCCAUACCACUCUCUCAAAAUUCAAUUUCCAAUUUUCUAUCACAAAGGGCAACACGUUUCGAGUCUCCAACUCACAAAUCCUUUAAAAAUACUUCAUUUGGAUGCUUGCAUAGCUUCGACAGAUACCACCCUUUUCUUCCAACCCUCCCAUUUCAAUUUUUGGUCGGGCAGAAUACUCAAUUAUUUAUUUGUACAUUUGUCCCUACCCAAAACGACAUCAUCAUUACAAAGUAACAAGCUGGAGGUUGGGUUGCCGAGUGAUACUACCAUUACUAGGUUACCUUCUUCUCCUACCUGUAACCGCCGAACCAACCAUCCAUCAUCAGUCUGGCUUCUGAAAGGCAUAAGAAAUUCUUGAAGAUACAGAAGUCCUCACAAUUAUGCUGAAGACGGAUACUUCAAACAAUCAUGGUUGGUCUUUAUUUCUUAUUAAUCUCAGAUAGUGAUAACAAUCACAUUCGAAAAUGUCCUGUCCGAGGUUUCCCUUUUAUCGGCGCAUAAAUUCGGCGCAAUGGUAAAACUUGCCAGUCGUACCUUACAUGUUUCUCCCUUUUCCUUCCAUAUUGUUAUAAUAAGGAAACUAAUCGGAAUACAUUUUAGCCUUCGAGAACAAAACAGCUAGGGAACCCGAUCACGACCGCAGUGUCCCUCUUUGCUCCGCAAACCUGUCAAUCCCGAAGAACAGAAGUACUGGAAACCUUCUCGCACAUACUUCAGCAGGAGCGGACAGAGGCAGAAUACGAUUUUCUUUUGAUGAAGGGCUGGCGGCGGAGUUUGAUACAAUGUCGAGGUUAGUUUCUGUUGCCUGGUGCAAGAAGAGCAUUUAUGAGGUCAUGGACCAGUCUUUGCGCUUGCUUGUCUCAAAAUGACUAGCAACACAACACUGGAGACAUCGGGACUGACAAAUUGCUUCUCCAGUGCUAGAUCACCCAUCGUGACGGAACAUGAACAUGGACUCGGUGCUUCAGGUUUGAGACGGAUUCGACAACAACUUCCCAGAGCACCAACUCUACCUGCUUCCGAGAGCUCCUCCAGAGCCGCAUCUAUGAGUGCCCGCUCGAGUUCAAUGACCCUUCCUUUUCCCGGCCGAGCAUCCUCUAUAGCGGUGCCGUCAGGUCCAUCCUCUCCAGUCAUACCAUUCACGGAAGAUCUCACACGUUUCCCAUCCGAGUCAUUACAUUCCUUCUCUUUCGCCCACCAAUCAGAUGAGUUUAUCCACAACCGUCAAAAUGUCUUGAAGAGGUCCGUCGAAUUUAUGUCACAGAAACUGGGCUGGGGAACAACAAGUGCGGGAAUAGCCAGUGCUCAAGCAAGAGUUAAUGGUGACGCGGAAAUGCAAGGAAUGCUCGAGCUUUUGGCGAAAGCCAAAUUGGUUGGAGCGAACAACAUUGGUACUGGAGAAGAACUCGCCAGGGGUGGGCCACUCACCGGACCUGCAACAGCUCAAGACUCACAAAAUAUUUUUGAUAGUAGUUUUGCCAUCCGUUGCGAGAGUCCGGAUCGGAUGGAAAGUUCUCCACCUUCACCCACCAGCGCUAAAAAAAUCACAUCGUCAUUACGCACCUUGCAAGAAGAUGAAUCACAGUCGACCGAAUCCAAGAAUGGUUUAGUAUCAGCCCUAACAGCUGAUUCUGAACCUUCAACUAGGACUCCGACCAAUGAAAGUCGGACAACGGCAAAAACGUCCCCGCCAGUCACUAGGCGGCAAAGUUUAAAGAGAACUUUCACUGAUCUGGAACCUUUGAGCCUACAGAAUAAGCUAAUGGACGCUAUGUCACAACCCUACAUUGCCACCAAUUCGCUACACGAAUCCAUGUUUUCUCCUCCCAUGCCACAAACCACCAGCGCUUCUACUUUCGGACCUCAUUCAUUAGGUCCAGCAAACCACAGUCAUUCGAGUCGUUGGGCACCUGCUGCACAAGCUAUUUUUACCACCGAAAGCGCUUCGCCAUAUACAAUUUUAGCCGCCAACGACCUUGCCUGCCUUGUAUUUGGUGUCACCAGAGCAGAAGUUCGCAAGAUGGGCAUCCUUGAAGUUAUAAAACCAGAAAGAAGGGCGUGGUUAGAGGAAAAGUUAAGUGCCCACAAAUUUGAAGCCGAGUAAGUGAGCCCCUUAUCUUCUCAAUAUUUCAGUGCCCAUAGCCGUUUGUCUCGGUGGACGCAUACUUUACCUCGCUCUGGCCACGAAUUUUUCCCCAUGAUAUUAACGAUGUCUUCACAGGGUUGGCAAACAGACUCCUCAAUCACCAUCAAGCCAAAGUCAACAAUCAAGCCCAACGCCAACCAGUAAGUAUAAUAUCCUCUGAACAUUUGACGUUUGAUUACCUCUUUCUCGUUGCUGGUAUACUGACCAGGGCUUGCAGCAUCAAUGCUGCUUGGACGGCCUGGUGGUAUCACGGCUAGCCUCCUGAGUAAACCUAAUUCACGUCAAGUACAGAAACCCAGUCGUCGAGCGCAGACCGAUGACGGUGCAGGCUUGAGCCUUGUUUCGAGAACACGAGCAGCCAAGGGUGGUCUAAAUCAUCAAAGUAAUAAAUCCAGGGGCGUUCUUUUAUGCGGCGACGUAGUUCCUAUUGAAAAACGAAACGGCGCAACAGGAUCGGCAAGCUUGUGGGUGAAGGAGAAGAGAGGUGGCCUCAUUUGGGUUUUGGAAGAGAUUCACGAGGAUGUGGCAAUCAUAGGCCUCGACGACGGUGCUGCCAUUACGAGCACAUCUGGAUCUAUCGAUGCGAUAUGGGGGGAUGACAUUAGUUGGACGGGCGCGGAUAUUGGGAAACUUCUUCCGAGACUCCCACGACAAGGAAUUGAUGGCAGAAGUGGAGAAAUCGAUUAUGCUGAAGUCAGUAAACGUAGAUAUUUUACAGCUCGCACCUCUGGACGUGCAAAUAUUCCUGCAGUCGUCGACAGAAUUCCUGGUUGCACGGAUCUCCGCGUUUCCAGCUUUCCUCACAUUGCCGGCAUCAUGGUUCUUUCUGCGCAAACCUUGAAGAUCACGAGUUCCAAUUCCGUCUUUUCAGCGGCGUUAUUUGGGCAGGACAAGCCUGACGGUCGGCUCAUUACUGAUUUGAUUCCUGAUUUCGAUAGAAUUUUGAAGAUCCUUACGGAAGAAGAUGGUGUGGAUAUGGUUGACGGGAUUGUUAUUCCCGAACACAGCUUUAGACGGGCUCAAGCUUUUCUUGCACUACGGGAUGGGAAAGCCGAUGCAUCAACAUACUUUUUGAGACCAGAUGGACUACCGGCCAGACAUAGGGAUGGAUCGGAGAUCAAAAUUGAUGCGCAACUUCGGGUUGUCAAAUCAGAUCCGAAAACGCCCGCUUACGACGAGAAUGUCAUAGAAGAGAGGAGCGAUGAAGAAGACGGACCUUCAUCUUGUGAGCCUAUCAUCCAAUCUGAACUUGUCUAUGCCUUGUGGAUCACAUACUCAAGAAACAUACAUGCCGCAAAACAUGCCAACGGCAUGGCAACUCCCUUAUUAUCUGGACUCGAAACUCCAUUGCAUCAACCGUCGCCAGGUCAGACGGGACCUCCAGCUCCCAUGAAAAUGGAUUCUUCUUCGGAUUCGGAUGAGCCCAAGAAUGAAGCAUCACAUGCAUCUAUGCUCACGGCACAGCUCAAGGCAGCAGCAAAGAAAACAGCAGCUAAGCUUACAGGUCGCGACCGGGCUUUUUCGAAAGCUCAAGAGAAAGCAAAACCAGCCGUCUCGGAAGCGGUCAAACCUGUUGUUAAAAAGUGCAUUGAUGAUUUCACGAUACUUGAAGAAAUGGGUCAGGGAGCCUAUGGUCAGGUAAAACUUGCUCGAUACAAGAAGAAUGGUAACAACAAGGUGAUCCUCAAAUAUGUCACCAAAAAGCGCAUUCUUGUCGAUACGUGGACUCGGGAUCGUCGAUUGGGGACUGUGCCACUGGAGAUUCAUGUUCUUGAUUAUCUGCGUCGGGACGGCCUUCAACACCCCAAUAUUGUGGAGAUGUCCGAUUUCUUCGAGGAUUCUGUUAACUAUUAUAUCGAAAUGGUACCGCACGGAUACCCAGGAAUGGAUCUCUUCGAUUAUAUUGAGCUCCGCGUCAACAUGGAGGAAAAGGAAUGUCGCAGCAUCUUCGUGCAGGUGGCUCGUGCUAUCCAUCAUCUCCACACCAAGGCACUUGUGGUACAUCGUGACAUCAAGGACGAGAACAUAGUCAUAAAUGGCGAAGGAAGUAUUAAGCUCAUUGAUUUCGGAAGUGCCGCUUACAUCAAGAGCGGUCCUUUUGACGUCUUCGUAGGAACCAUUGGUAAGCUUGCCUUCAUCACCCUGCUAAGAUUAUAACUAAUUUCAUCAUAGAUUAUGCCGCCCCCGAAGUUCUCUCUGGCAAGCCAUAUCUAGGCAAACAACAAGAUGUUUGGGCUCUUGGAAUUCUUCUUUACACCAUCGUGUACAAAGAAAACCCAUUUUAUAGUAUUGACGAGAUCAUGGACCGUGAUCUUAGAAUACCUUAUAUCAUGAGCGAAGAAAGCAUCGACCUCAUCAAAAGUAUGUUGAAUCGGGACGUCGAUUCGAGAAUCACGAUUGAGCAAGUGAUGGAACAUCCUUGGUGUGCGGAUGCAGAGAAUGACGAGUAGUUGUCUGCUUCUACGAUCGUCUAUUGGCUCAUAUUACAACCAAAUUUAUAUCAUCAACAAAUUACAAGCAAAACCAAACAAAUAUGGAGGGAAUACGGCGAAGGGAAUUUUUGGUCAUUUGAAGAAACAAUUGAAGAAAUACACGAAAGAUAAGAAAUACCUAGAUUUCAUGAUGUCAUGAAAAGAGAUACCCCCUUCAUGGAAAGGAAGGCAACGUUCAGAGAUUUGAUUUUAUUAGCGAGAUCUGGACCUACAUUAUCUGAGGAACAGCAUUGUUCGUCAUACUGGGUUAUUUUCAUCGCGCGGUUUAUUAGGGGUUGGGAAUUUCGGGGAAUCAGGGGAUUGGGCAAUAUAAGCGGCAUUUUCGAUGAAUGGAACGAGGGGAAUUGAAAUGAAUCAGGAGAUAUAGAGGUGGGUGUGCGCGAUGGAUGGAAGUGGAGGCGAGAGGGUGAUGAUCCGAUUUGACAGGAACUGGUCGUUAGGGGAUGUAUUGUAUACGAAGUGAUGAUGAUGUCAAUUUAUUAGACUCAAGACAAUUGUCUUUAAGAUUGG